GCUCACUAGAAGUUCCUGACUGCGACUCGGGAGCCUCACUGCUCAUGUUCUAGUCCACGUGCAGACGAGGGGGGCGAGAAGCUGUUGCUGAGAAGUGGAGGGAAACGAGGAAAAAAGGGGAAAUUGAGAGAAAAGUUCUAGCGAGAAGCUAGUCAAACGCACGGUUAUGGCGAAUCAAGUUGAGAGUGCUCUCCAUUCAUCCGAAAUUAAAAAACAAAAGAUUGAGUAUUGGCAAUUGUAAAUAUGGGAUGGUUGUUCUAGCCGGGAUUAAAUUAUGAUGCACCGUUCAAAGUCUCAAUGCCAAGCUCUCAACUGCGUGAUUUGGAUUUGGUGAAAUGGUUGGACAAUAAACUUGGCGAUAACAACGAAUUAUGGAGUGGUCGACAAGCAGCAUCGUUACUUUCACGCGAAAUGUUGGUAGAAUUGGAAACAUGUUUUCAAGCGCUGGAAUCGCAUGUUAAACUGAAAAUCAUAUUAGCUGUCCCGCAUUUGUCCUAUCGACUUAUUACAAUGUGGAAAGAACCAUUAAUAAAUUUGUUGGAACUAGCUCGAAGAGAUGCUGAUGAUUGGAUUGAAACCGUUGCUGACAUGUAUAGAGAAUAUCCUAAUCGACAAUGUAUAACGCCGACACCUACCAAUGCAGAUUCAUAUUUCUGUAAAUCACUUGAUGAGUUGAGGAAAAUGGUUAGAAAACACUCCGCAAAUAACAAUUUGCGAUUGUUACCGCUUGAUUUAAGUGCCGUAUCACAAAGUGCAAUCAAGACACGUUUUGGUUUAACUGAAAUUGAAAGUCGAAAACAUUUCAAUUUGAAACGACGUGCUAAAUCAUAUACGUUAAAAGCUGAGCUCUUGAAAUCGGCAGAAAUUGGUUACAAUCGAAAUAAAAAUCAGAAGCUUGACGUGGUAUCACCAAGUUUCCCGAUUCGCAUGCGAAGCACUGUCAGAAAACCAAAUAAUGAUUUACCAAUGCGUGGGAUUCCAACCACAAAUACUUGCAAAUUAUCCGCUGGUUUUACGAAUGAACCACGCAAAUUUCAAAGACAGUUAACGAGACGCGAAGGUGGUGCUAAAUUUAUUGACAUUGGUGAUCUGCCGCAGGCACUGAGUGUUCGUCGAAAAGAGCAGGAAGCAGAGGAACGCGCAAGAAGACAUCAAGAGAGGGAAGAGCAGAGAAAGCGUGCACAGGCCGAAAAGGUUGCAAAAGAAGCGAAACGAGCUGCAAUAGCGGCGCAGAAGGCCAAGGAAGCUGCUGCUGUUACGGCCGCAACAGUGGAUGAAGUUACGGCUGCAGUGAAUGAAGCAAUUUCUUCUGCAGUUCGAAAUAAUCCAAAUUCGCUUUUUGAAGAAUGUAACGCUCCUGUGAAUAACCAAAGCAGUGACUCCAGACAAGAUACCAACCAACUCACAUCCUCCUACGGCGAUGUUCGCGAUUUACCAACAAUACAGUCAGAACAAAGUCAGGAUUCACAGCCGUCUUCAGCUGCAGUUCAUCUCUCUCGGCGUGAAUCAUUCGCACGCCGACAAUGUGAAGAAAUGUUAGCUUGUGCCAAUGUAUUGAAUGAAGAAGGUCAUCGUAUGGUCAUUGCUUUCAUGUCCGGUAACAAAGUUCAUCCAUACCCUCAUUUGGGUGAUCUCUUGACGUUGAAGCUGUCAGAAACAUAUGAAGAUGAGCUUCGACCAGAUGGAACAGUGCAGAAAAUGCGUGUGGAAACCUUCUUUCAGAUGGAUUAUCGAACAGGAGAAUGGAAGCGCCUGCGAAAAACGCGUGCUUUACGCCCUGAAGAAAUGCGCACAUUCCAGCAAACGUUCAUGCAAUCACCGCAUACUCGAGCAGCGAGCUGAGUUGAAAAAGACGUAGUUCAUUCUCCUGUACAAUCCUGUCAAUCUCAUCAUUACUGGUGUUGUCCUAAUGGCUGUUUUACAUGUUUUUGGGGUUAAAAAAUAUAACUAUUAGUUUCGGUUGAAAUUCUUUAUUCAAUUAAGGAUUUCAAUUUGAAGGAUAAAGUUUAAAUGAUGUGUUCUUUGUUAUUUACGUACCC